UCUAACUACUAUUUUAUGCCACACUAUCCUGAAGAUAUUGAAUAUUCUGAUAAAUAUUAAGAUGACUAUUACGAAUAUAGACAUGUCAUCCUUCCAAAACAUGUUUUUAAAAAAAUUACAAAAGGUAUGUAUUAAAUAUUCAAUAUUCUAGGAAAAUUAUUAACUGAAAUGGAAUGGAGAAAUCUUGGAGUCUAAUAAUCUAGAGGCUGGGUUCAUUAUGAAUGUCAUAGACCAGAACCACAUAUAUUACUUUUCAGAAGACCAAAAGGAACUGAUCCCAAUAGUGGAUUACCACCUUAAGGAUUUGCUGCCCCUUAUUGAUUUAGUUUUAUUCAUUUAAU